GUCUCAUGGGGAGUGAGGAACAUGAAGAGAUGCCAUCUACUCGUGGUCAAUUCUCCGUCUGUCGAGUUUGAGAUCGCGGGUCAAGUCGUGCUGAGGUCAAGUGUGAUCGCCAACGCUAAGGACAACCCCAACUUCAGCCGCCCUCUGUUGCACACAGAAAUGGAACUUCCAGUGGACCCUGACUACAUGCCCCCUAUGACGAUAAAGGUGUAUGACAACAGGCUGUUCGGGUUCAAACCUCUGGCGGGAGUUCACGUCAUCAACACACUCAGUCUGUACGAGAUGACAUCGCUGCUGCCAGAGCAGAUUAUUGACUGUGACCAAGACCAAACAUCUGACAGACUGUCGCAAGUUCAAACACGGCUCAAGAAUACAGGUUCCGGUUUGCCCCCAGUGCUUGAGACUGACAUUGACUGGUGGAGCCUGUUCUACACUUCCAUCGGAGACUUUGAGAAAGGAGAUCCGAGUCUUCGUCAUGACCUGUUGGAGGUGUAUGAUUGUGAACUUGAAAAAGUUCCAGCCUUCCAAGGUCUGACAGACUUUGUACAGCUGUACCCAUUGGAGCGGGGGAGGGAGAGUUAUGAAGACGAUGGAGGAAAUGCAGGACAAUUCAAGGGUUCUAUCAAGCUGUGUCCUGUUCUCGGCAAGACCAAAGAUUCCAGGACUAGACCACAUCUACCAGAGAUGCCUGUAGAGUGUGUGGUGAGAGUCUAUGUGGUACGGGCUAUGGGUCUACAACCACACGACAUGUCAGGGCUGGCCGAUCCCUACCUGAGUAUAACAUGUGGUGACUUCGCAGUUGAUGACAUUGAGAACUACAUACCCAACACCCUGGAGCCGAUAUUUGGGAGGAUGUAUGAGUUCACGACACGGCUUCCUCAGGACAAGGAUCUGCACAUCUCCGUGUACGACAAGGAUGUUCUCAGUGCGGACGAUCUGAUUGGACAAACAACCAUCGACCUGGAGGAUCGCUACCUAUCACGUCACAGAGCAACGUGUGGGUUGCCGCGGAGGUACCACAGGAAAACCGUAAAUUGUUGGAGGGACAGCCAGCAGCCUGUUGAGAUUUUAAAGCAGUACUCGGUCAGGCACGGUCUGGAACUGCCGAGGUUCAAGGGGGACAAGGAUCUCACACUGGAGUUCGGCGGAACGACACACAGACUCACUGAUGCUGACAACGUCUCCGAUAAGGAAGAGGUAGGAAUCAGAAAACAGAAGCUGGCCCUGAAGGUUCUCCGCUCCCUGUGCCUGGUCCCUGAACAUGUGGAGACUCGUGCGCUGUACAGUCCUCUACAGCCGGGCUUGGAACAGGGAAAACUACAGAUGUGGGUGGAUAUUUUCCCCAAGACUUGUGGCCCACCUGGACCUGAGGUUAACAUCUCACCACGUGUGCCUCAGGAAUACGAGUUGCGUGUGGCUGUCUUAAACACAAGUGAAGUCGUGUUGGACGAGACCAGUUUUGUGACGGGAGAAAUGAUGAGUGACAUCUAUGUCAAAGGAAAUUUGGUUGGUUUGGAGGAAGAGACCCAAAGCACAGAUGUCCACUACAGAUCCAUGAACGGUGAAGGAAAUUUCAACUGGAGAUUUGUUUUUCCUUUCAACUUCAUUCCAGCGGAAAGGGUAAUGUCAAUCACGAAGAAGGCUCAUCUGUGGAGUAUCGACAAAACUGAGAGACGAGACCACCCAAAACUUCUCAUCCAGCUAUGGGAUAAUGACAAGUUUUCACCGGAUGACUACCUGGGCAUGUUGACUCUCAACUUGGUGAACAUGGUCCAACCAGCGGCGAUGGCCAAAGACUGUAAAACAACAUCUAAAGACGGAGACGCAGCCAAAAAUGUGUCUCUGUUCCACGUAAGGCGUCUCAAGGGGUGGUGGCCAUGCCAAAGGAUGAAACAAGAUGGGUCCAACGAAAUCACUGGAAAAGUUCAACUGGAACUCGAAGUCCUGCCAGCUACCCAGGCCAAGCCGAGGCCAGUCGGGAGAGGAAGAGAGGAACCCAACACAAACCCUGUGCUGGAACCACCAAUACGCCCAGACACCUCGUUCCUGUGGUUCACCUCCCCACUAAGGACCAUGAAGUUUAUAGUGUGGAAGUAUUACAAGUGGACCAUAAUUAGAUUACUGCUGCUGAUAGUCGGCAUCCUCAUGCUGAUCCCACUGAUUGAAGCUUCUCCGAUAUUCUUGAUUUCCUGGCUCAAGAUUCUGCUGGAGAUGCUAUUCUUCUGA